AUGCCUCCUAAAUUGGUUCCUUCUAGAUUGCCGCCUAAGAUUAGAAAGUUUGAGUCUGGCGCUGAGAAGCGUAGGAAAAAGAAAAAAAUUGCUGAGUUAGUUGAAUCCCAAAAAGGAGCCCUGGAUAAAUUUAUUGUAAAAGAAACACAAAUUCAUAUUGAUGAUAGUCCUGUUGAUACUAUUCCUAUUGAUGCUAUUCAUGUUGAUGCUAUUCCUGUUGAUAAUGUUGAUGCUAUGCCUAUUCCUAUUGAUGACAUUCCUGUUGAUGCUAUUCCUAUCGAUGAUAAUGUUACUGUGGAUGUUGAUGUUGAAAAUCUUAAUGAUAAUGAAGAUGAUAAUCAAAAUGUUGAUAAUGUUAAUGACAUUCACAUUAGUGUAGAUAUAUUUGAUCCAAGAAAUUGGGAUUCUCUUGAGUCUAAAAUGAUUGAGUUGUUAGCUACAAAAGGCCCUGUAAGAGAUUUAAGUAUUGUGAAGGGUCCUAAAGAUAAAUCUUCUAGACGCUUUACGGCUAAUUUGUAUACUAGAACUUUAUCAAAUGGAGAGAAGUGUGAUAGAGAUUGGCUUGUUUAUUCAAAAGAGCUUGAUAGGUUAUUUUGUUUUUGUUGUAAAGUUUUUAAAAGAGGGAUUGGUAGAGGUCAAUUAGUAAAUGAGGGUUUUAGUGAUUGGUCACAUGUUUUUGUUAGACUUAAAGAGCAUGAGGCAGGCUUGGAACACAUUAAGAGCAUGACUAAUUGGUAUGAGUUGCGUCAAAGGAUGAAUAGUUUUCAAACUAUUGAUAAAACAACUCAAAAAUUGAUUGAGAAAGAAAAGGAACAUUGGAAAAGUGUUUUAAAAAGAAUCAUUGCAAUAGUGAAAUUCCUUGCUAAACAUAAUUUGGCCUUCCGUGGUUGUGUAGACAAAUUGGAUGAAGAUGGCAAUGGGAACUUUUUGGGCUUAAUUGAAAUGUUAAAUGAAUUUGAUCCAUGUGUCCAAGAACAUGUGAGACGUGUUACUGUAGAUAAUCUUCAUGUUCACUAUCUUGGGCCUAAAAUCCAAAAUGAGUUAAUACUUUUGCUUGCUUCUAAAAUUAAAAAUCAAAUCAUUAAAAAAAUCAAGCAAGCAAAGUAUUUCUCAGUGAUACUUGAUUGUACUCCUGAUAUUAGUCACCAAGAACAAAUGUCUUUGAUAAUACGAUAUGUAGAUGUUUCUUCAAAUUCUGUUAGCAUUGAGGAGUCUUUUUUAGGAUUUUUGAAUGUGAAUGAUACAACUGGGCAAGGGCUUUUUGAUGUUUUACAAGAUGAAUUGAAAAAUCUUGAUCUUGACAUCUUUGAUGUGCGAGGACAAGGUUAUGAUAAUGGGUCAAAUAUGAAAGGAAAACAUCGAGGUUUGCCAUAG